GCUGCGGGAGGGAGGACAUUCCAGUUGGGAAUGUCACCCAUUAAACACUCCCGAGGUAAAUCGAGCGGCUCUGCCUCUUCCCGAGCGAUUUCCAUCCCUCCUCCAGGCUGAGAGGCUUCGGCGCGUUUGCUCAGCGCCUGGAAGAGGAGCCAAGGCCGGGAGCGGCGGAGGGGGAGCAGUGAUGGAACGCUCACUGCAGGAAAAUCACAAGGCGUUCGUUCGAUUUUUGAACGAUUUGCCUUCACCCUGACGCCGUGUCUCGCGCAUUCCAGGCUGUCCCGCUCGCAGGGAGCGUUUGCCAUGGACACCGGGCACGUCAGCAGAUCCCGCUUCAGCGUGGCCUCCAGCCCGCCGCGGUGGGAGAUCGGGCUCUACGCCGCCGGCGCCUUGGCACUGCUGGGAAUCGCAGCCAUCAACCUCUGGAAGCUCUGGCGCUCCGGCAGCUACCCGGCCCCUUCCCCCUUCCCGAACUAUGACUACCGGUACCUGGAGCAGAAGUACGGAGCCGCGUAUCCGGACGUCAGGCACAAGCGAGGGCUGGCCCCGGGCUCGCAGCGGACGCCGGGUCAGAGCGCUGCCAGCCGCAGGAGCAGCCUGAGGGCAGAGGACACCUUGGAGAGCAUCCAGGAGCUGGGCAGCCUGGAGCUGAUGGGCAGAGACCUGGGCCUGGCCCACUACGGCCCCCUGAAGAAAUCCAUCUCGGCCGACUCCCUCAACUCCAUCUCGUCCAUCGGGAACAACUUCGGGCAGGAUUUCACGGUGGGGCAGGUGGAGGUGUCCAUGGAGUACGACGGGAAGGCGGCCGCCCUGCACGUGACGCUGCUGCAGGGCAAGGACCUGCUGGAGAAGGAGGACGCGCGGUUCGAGUCCUGCUUCAUGCGGAUCAGCCUCCUCCCGGCCGAGCAGAUCGUCGGCAUCUCCCGGAUCCAGAGGAGCGCCUACUCCGUGGCCUUCGACGAGCGCUUCUCCAUCCCGCUGGAUCCGGCGGCGCUGGAGGAGAACAGCCUGCGCUUCUCCGUCUUCGGCAUCGACGAGGACGAGAGGAGCGUCAGCACCGGCGUGGCCGAGCUCAAGCUCUCCGACCUGGACCUGGCCACGCGCCCCUUCAACGCCUGGCUCUACCUGCAGGACAUGAGCAAGCCCGUGGACACGGUGGGGGAGAUCCUGCUCUCCCUGAGCUACCUGCCCACGGCCGAGCGGCUCACCGUGGUGGUGGUCAAGGCCAAGAACCUCGUGUGGACCAACGGCAAGGUGACCGCAGAUCCCUUCGUCAAGGUGUACCUGCUGCAGGACGGGAGGAAGAUCAGCAAGAAGAAGACGGCGGUGAAGAGGGGGGACACCAACCCCGUGUUCAACGAGGCCAUGAUCUUCUCCGUGCCGGCCAUCGUGCUCCAGGAGCUGUCCCUGCGUGUGACGGUGGCCGAGAGCGGCGAGGACGGACGUGGUGACAACACGGGCCACGUGCUCAUCGGCCCCACCGCCAGCGGGAUGGGCACCACGCACUGGAACCAGAUGCUGGCCACGCUGAGGAAGCCCGUGUCCAUGUGGCACCCACUCCGCAGGAAUUAGGGGGGCUCCUGGGGGGGCUGUACCCCAACACCGGCUCUGCCACCGG